GCCCCGCCCAUCACCCCUGUCGGCUCCGCCUACCUUCCCCCAGCGUCCCCUCCUCAUUGUGCCCGGACCAGUGCAGGGAGACGUCCUGUGCCAGGAUCAUGUCUUCAAAUGAGGAGCGGGACGGGUCUGCCCUGGAGCACUUCAGCCAUGUGCAAGGAGAGUUGGCAGAUGUAUCUCGUGCCUUUGACAGCCUCUUAGAAGCCAAACAUGUGUUACAGAGAAUAGAAAAUAAGGUGAAUAUUCGGAAUCAGCGUCGGAGGCAGGCUCCGAAGGUACGCCGACGGUUACAGCUGGAAAGGAAUUCAUUGUCUGGUCUGGAUUCUUAUUCUUCGGCCAUCGGCGAUUCGUCGCAUCUGGAGAGACAGCAAACCUAUGAGUGGAAACCUGAUGAGACCUUCACAUUACACAGUGACAUCAAUUCUUCACCCAAACCUCGGGAUCUCUCGAGUAGAACCAGGACUAUAUCUUUUCUGCAAGAAGAUAUUCCAUCUGUGGUUAGGUACCAUCAAUACCAUACGGGUUUCACUCAUGAACAUUUAUUGGCAGAGUCAGUCCAGGAAAAUAUUGAUAAUGGGCAGGUCAUGGCUUUAAGAGGUUCAUCAGAAGAACAUGUAGACCACGUUCUAAAGCCGUAUGAUCUGGGUGUCCAGACAUACACUCCAGAAGAUGAGAUGGACGAGAUAGUCAAUCCCUAUGCUGGGACCUUUCCAUUGUCAGGAAUAUUUGCUAAACCUGAAAUCGGACCUUGUUUGUCACCGGAGACCAUCACCCCUUUGCCUUUCUUGAAGGAUGACCUCAAUGCGCAGAAGUUAGAACACCUGAGAAUCAGAUCGCCUGAAAGCAAACUUGAAAAACUAAAAGAAAAGAUCCAGGAACAAAAAAGGCGCCAUGAUCUCUUAAAGAGGAGUAAGACCAAAUCUCAUCAGAACCCAGAACCCCUACGCAAACCAGCUAUGAAAAGGAAAGUUUGCAAGGUGACCUUUGGUCCCCCAGCCGCAUGUGGCAGAGAAUUCAUUCCUGCCAAUGAAGGAUCAGACCCAGUAUGUAAUGGAGGAGAUGCUUUUAAAAGAGAGAGAGAAAAUGUGAAGAAAAAACCCCACAGGAAAGAAGGAGACACAGCAUUAAGAUGUUCCAUAAUAAAAUCAAAAGCCAUUAAAAGCAAGAGUCCGGUUACCACAAAACCGUCGGAUAAAUCCCCUACUCCGGAGAGGAAGGUGAAACAUUCUGGUCUUUAUGGAGCUUCGGCAUGGAGGGAAGGUCAGAAACUUGUCCAACAAAUAUUAGGGCCGUCACCGGUCACCUUGUUAAAACAUCGUUCACCUAAGGCAGAAGAUUCAAAUACAAUGCAGAAAGGGAGCUGCAGAAGAUGCCAAAAAACAAGUUCAUCAGACAAUCAAAAACAAAAGCAACAGCCCAAUCUCAAUGAUUUAGUAAAACAAAAUAAAGACAUUGCCCAGGUCACACCAGAGAUCAGACCUGAGGAAGAUAGAGAGAAAUCAAGAGACAGCAAUAGGUUGAAGAGACCCCAUACAUCUUAUAACAUUAAGAGGAGACCCCAUCCAUCCUGUAACAUGGAGAGGAACCCCUUUGGGAAGGAAAAUGUUGAAGCUGAUCCUGAGUCUCAUCCUAUUAGCAGCAGAGCACGUAGUUACAGUGUGGAGCAGAUCAGAGACUUCAUGAAGAAGAAGACUAUAGAGAGACAGAGGAUGGAGCGGGAGACCCAAACCAGGAUGGAGAAAGCCAUGGAGAUGAGAAAAGAACAAUUGGGUAACGUGCUAAAGAAGCAGAAGGAAGCAUGUCCACCAAAGAGAGGAGGCUGCACCACUGUGUCCCGGAGGAACCUCCAUAUACAACCGGGGGAGGCGGACAUUGUCAGGAAAGAGCUCUCAGAAUGGCUCCAUGGAACCUCCAGUGACCUGCUGAGAGAAGGCUGUGGAGUAAGUGGAAAUUCUAAGAAACAGAAGACAGAGAUUCUAUUAAAAGAUGACCAUUCCAGUCCACUCCGACUACAAGACUUGGCUCCUGUUCCCGCCCUAAGACAAGACAUCCAUCUUAAGGGCAUUAGCCCCUCAGAAGGGCUGAAUCAUGAUGCUGUACCCUCACACAAAACUACUGACUUCUCCUCACAGUGUCGAGCCCACCAGGAGCGUUUACAUGCCAUAUGGACCACAGCUAAGGACCUGGGUAGGAGGGUUGAGCUGGAGUGUAACAGACUUAGUUCUCCAAACCUUGGCCAACACUCGGGAACAAGUGUGUCCUCACCUUCUCCUUGUUCACCUUCACAAAUGACAUCGGCAUUUGGUAAAUAUCCCAUUAUGGUUGAGAACAUUACUUUUAAAACUGACAAAAACCUUAAAACAAAUACAAGGAAGCCUCCAGAAGACAUCUUACCUGCCUCUGUAUAUACUGAUUUGUGCUGGACUCCAGACAGUGCAAAGUUCUCUACUGCACCUCUGAAGAACACCAGACGACACAGCAUGAAGAAAGAGAAAACAGCAGCUCAAACCAAAGACCUCCAUCCAAAAAUUCACAGCAAAGAGGCUCAGAAAAGUCGAUCUGCCAGCACAAGUCCGCACAGAUUGGAUGUAAGCCGCUCAAAAGUCCUGAGGGAAACAUCAUUGUCACCACCCAGGCAAAGAAUGGCAUCACCCCCGAAAACUACACCUACAAACAAUGAUAAAAAAGCGAAGCGAGGAAAACCACAACAUGAGAAAUCCUCCUCUCCAGUUUUUCAAAUAGAGAUGACAAGCAGAAUAAAAGCUCAACUUCAGCAACACGAAAAUGACCUGGCUGCCCUGAAGCAGAAAGCAGAGAUGGAGGCCAAGGAGGCUCAGACGUGUCUGGAGGAAAUGUUGAGACGUAACAAGCAGAGUCCGGGGCACAAAACUAUUUCUCCUGAAAAGCAAAAUUUAUGGAACAACAGUGGUGGCCAAGAAAGGGAAAAAGAUUCGUUUGGAGCUGGAAUGAAAACACGUAUGGAAUUAGACAAGCACGGCAGCGGCAAUGUCACUCAGCAGAACAGUCCGCUCUCUGCACACGUGAAUGCUGCACCUGCUGAAACAGGAAGCUUGGAGAAUUCUUGGGAUCACACAGAACCGGCCACAGACUCCACCAGCAAGUGGAGUGAACUCUGUGAGUUUUAUGGUUCUCCAAACAUGUUCGCCCGCUUUACCCUGGAGAUGUCACAGCAAUAUCUACGAGAAGAGGAAUUACGUGCCAGACAUCAGACCGCUCUGCUCCGGCUCCGGGAAGAAGCACUUAAAGAGAAGACCAAGGCAGAAUUGUCUCUGCUAAAUCACCAGAAGAUAUACUGGGAAACAAAGAAGGAGCCAAGUAAGAUAGAAGAAAUCCUGAAACAAGAGCAGGAAAUCCAAAGGGGGUUGAAAGAAGAGCAGGCAGAAAUCAGGCAUUUGCAGAACAUGUACAAGGCUGCCCACCAGGAGAGGAAGCUGUUACUGAGACAGCAGAAGGAGAUACUGAGGAUACAGCAGUCAGCAGCCCAUAUCCAGCAGAAACUGAACAACUCUGGAGCCACACUGCAGGUUUCAGAGCUGGUUGCUCCUGAUCCUUUUAUGCAGUCCAGAUACAACUCACUCCAUGAUUCCACACUGAAUUCUGGACGUCCGGACCAGGAUACACAGUCAGCCAUUUCUGACCUAUCUGAGGAUGGGGACAUCACAAGAAACACCAGAACAACAGACACCUAUCAUUUUUCUCUUAUUAGGGCACAGAGGUCAGAGGAUGAGAGUAAAUCUCCUGUUCCAGAGGUCUGUGAAAACUCAGCUCUUAGAAGAAGUGACCCUCAAAGCAGAGAAGAGAAGGUGGACACCAUUUCUGAUAAUGAUGGAGAAGCCCAGGGCAUUUCUUUAUGGGGUGAUGAAAAGCAUGUGACAGGAUCUCUUCAGAAUAAUCUGACUAGUCCGACAUCUCCAACGUCUCGGGAAGAUCUGAGCAAUCACUCAGAGAAAGAGAUCUCUGCUAACAAUACAGUGAAAACCUUUGUAAAUAUGCAAGAUACAGACGGGGUUACUGCAGGAGAACCAAGAAAUAAUAUUAGCUUGAAGGACGAGGAUAAAAAGAGAGAGGUUGCAGAAGUUGAUAGCUCAGAAGAUUUUCAGCAAGACCCCCAUAAAAUACCAGCAACACAAGAAGCUUCAGGCGAUGACCACUUGGUGACUAAACCCAUUACUGAUCACAGUUCUCAAAAUAACUCAGCACCUUCCAAAUCAGAAACCCUCAUCCAAGAUCCCUCUCUUGCAGAAUUUCAAAAAGUUUCUGCUAAACUUAUUAACAUUUCAGAAAGUACCAUCUCUGCAUCUGAGCAAGGGCAAGGUGGUGAAGACACGGAGAGUGGAGAUUCGGAGAUAUUUGACAUAGAGUCUUUAGAGUUUCCACCUGAAGGACCAUUAGACAAGGUUUGGGGUGAAAACAUAUUAAACCAAGAUGAAGAGAUAAAGGGGGAUACCAUAUGUGAUGAAGACAAGCCAACGUCUUCCCCAGCAAAAUCUCCAGGCUUGAGAAAACCAGUCAUAUUGGUUAUGAAAGAGACACAGAGUAAGGCCGAAAUGGCUCCUUUGGCAUGUGAAUCCUUUCCAACCUCUGAAGACUUGACAGAAUCAGAUACAAAAACAUACGGUAUAAACCAUUUACCUGAGAAUCAAGACGGUAGUUUAGUCAGAAUUAACGACAUACAGAAGUUGACGUCAAUGAGUCCAGAAGACGAUGGUAAUGCAGCUGGAAUGAGUUCACCUGACACUAAAGACCAGGAAAGAGUGACAGAAACUAAUGAAAAACAAUCCUUUACGGAAAGUGCAAUCUUCAGGAAAACUGAGAUGAUGCCAUUUCAUGCUACAACUUCAAAAGAUUUAUUUCAGAUUAAAAGCCUUCCACAUCGGAAUAAGGGAGACAUCAUAUUCAUCACAGUUGAUGAUCUCCAGCCUAUGGAAGACGUCUUGUCAGAAAUCUUGUCUCCAGUUGAUGAAAAGCUUUCCUAUGAAAGCGCAGACUUGUAUUCCCCACAACAGGAUCAUAGUGAAGAGCUCCCUUCUUUCCCAAGAGACUCAGACUCGAUUAAGAGUGGUGAUAGCGGCACUGAAGACUUCCCCACCCCACCUGAGGAAAUGCUUUUAUCCCAAUCUGAAAGUUUGCAGAGUAGCAGAGAAGCCAGUCUCAUCGAAGAGAUCCAUUUACUAUAUGAUAGCCUACUUACAGAGGAUACUCUGCUUCCACCAGAUGAAAUUAUAAAUACUGAAAACUCUCUACUCGAGGCAGAGAAUUCAGGAAGGUCACCUGAGGUGGCAAAUUCCAAAAAUUCUUUACUUGAGGCUGAGAAUUCAAGAAGGUCACCUGAGGUGGUAAAGCCAUGUAGACCAUUCCUAACACUUUCCAAAGCUGAAGAUGGUGUCAGUGACCCUUUGUCUACCUUUGAGAUUGGAGAUCGGGUACUAGUCAAGCUUUCGAAGCCGGGAACCUUAAUGUAUAAAGGGUUAACAAACUUCAAAGCAGGUUAUUGGGCGGGAGUUGCCCUUGAUAAGCCGGAGGGAGAACAUGAUGGAACGUACGAAGGGAUCAGAUAUUUUGAAUGUUCUAAGAAUUGCGGAGUGUUUGUCAGACCUGGACAGAUCUCACAUCUGUUGUUUGAUGACUUGGAUGGAUCAGAUCCAAAGAAAGAUGAGGAUGAUGAUAAUUCAUAUGGUGAUGGCACAUCUCCAAGUGAUGUCCAACCACAUGAAGAUGGUGGAGACACAAGUAGAAGACAACUUCAAGAAAGCAGUGAAGAGAAGGAGUCUUUAGUAAAGGACACCAGACAGUCAAGGUCAUGCAGUUUGGAGACAUCAGCAAAUAUUUAUGAUCUCCAAGAUGCUGACAUUUCCCCAAGCUAUUUACAUACACUCCUUGAAGAACAUAUCGUUGAAAGCAAAAAUCCCGGUCAAACCUUGCAAAUAAAGCAGUUUUGGAGAGGUGACACUAACAAAUUAAUAGUGCCAAACCCCCCGCAGAACAACAAACACAGAUUGCUUUUAAAGGUUACAGACGAGCUGAUCUGCAGUGCCUUAUGUGAUGCCAUCGCGACAUAUUCUAAAAUAUCUGCCCCCAAGAAGGAGUCAGUGAUGAAUAGUAGCAAGGACAAGGAUGAUAAAUGUAUGGAGGCUGAGGAAGGAUUCUGCAAUCAGCUCCCCUCAAUGACCACGGCAGAGGCAGGUGGAUACGUGGACAUGAUAGUGACUGAUCUUACAAGUGACUGUGUUAAUGAAUAUAAAAAAAUAAGACAGAAGAAAGGAGGAGAAAAUAUACAUCAACCUUCAAUUUGCUACAGUAGCCUUUUCCUGGGACCCAGGGAACAGAACACAUCCAUUUCACAGUGCGGACACAGAAGAUCAGUGUUAAUGAACUUUACCGAUAGGAUCUUUGAAGAACUGGUAAAGGAUUCGCUUCAAGUGAUUGGAAAUAUUAAUGUGAAUAGAGCAAAGUACUGGCCGGCACCUUGAGAAGAAGCUCUGCUUCUAGAACAAGUAAAGCAUGCCUGAAGAACACUGUGAUUGGAGCAGGUGAAGGAACCAGUGAUCUAAGGAGAUCAGACAUCCUACUACUAAUGGACCAAUUGAAGACGACCUCGUCUACCCGACCGGCCCAGGAUAGAACAUAUUUCUCAUGUGUGUUGUUGUGUUGGGUGAUUUUGCACUUUUAUUGGUUUGCACCUUUAUUAUUAUUAAUAAUAAUAAUAAUAACAAUUAUUUAUUUUCUCGUGUAAGUCAUAAAGUGAUUAAAUGAACAAUAUGGACGUCAUAUAUACAGACGAAAUGGAAGUAGAAUAGACAGAUUCAUUGUUGUGAUCUUGCCUAAAUUUAUAGAGGUGUGAUGAACAUUGAAUAUUUUAAAUCAUUAUGAGGAAUCUCACGUCUGACCUACUAAGCGCAUUUGAUACUAUGAUUGU